AUGGGUAGGCGUAACUCUGAGAACAAUGAUCGUCGCACUGAACAAUUCCGCAAGCUGUUCAUUGGAGGCUUGACUCCUCUUACUACAGAAGCAAAACUGAAGGACUUCUAUUCCCAGUGGGGCGAAAUUGUGGAUGUUGUGGUGAUGAAAGAUGGUCGUACCAACCGCUCCCGGGGCUUUGGUUUUAUCACCUACAAGGAACCAGAAAUGGUGGAUGCUGCUCAAGCUAAUAGACCACACGAAAUUGAUGGUAAAACGGUCGAAGCCAAGAGAGCCAUGCCGCGUGAGGAUUCAAAUAGUCCCGAGUCCCAUAUGACUGUGACGAAGCUUUUUGUUGGUGGCUUGAAAAAGGAUGUAACUCAUGAAGAACUGCGCGAAUAUUUCAGCAAGUAUGGUAACAUCACCGAGUGUGAGGUUGUUGCUUGGAAGGAAUCAGGCGAGUCACGCGGUUUCGGCUUCGUCACAUUUGAUGAUUACGACCCUGUUGAUAAAGCUAUACUGUAUAAACCACACCAUAUCGGGUCCAGUAGGGCGGACGUGAAGAAGGCCCUCAGUAAGGAGCAGAUCAACACGAUGAAAAAGAAACAGGAGUCUCGAAAUGACUACAAUAACAAUUAUGGUGGUGGUGGUGGCGGUUAUGGACCGAUGGGUGGAGGCUAUGGAGGGUAUGACGGAGGUUACGGGGGUUCCUACGGAGGUGGUCCUUAUGGCGGAUAUGGCUCAAACGGUGGUGGCGGUGGCGGUGCCUACGGGGGUGGAAAUUACGGAGGGGGUUGGGGUCCUAAUCACAUGAAUGGAGAUGGUCCUGGCUGGGGUCAGGGAGGAAUGGGUGAUGGAUUUGGACACUAUGGAAACCAGCAAAACUAUGCCGGUGGUCCAAUGCGUGGUGGUCCACCCGGGGGUUACCAGAGGAAUGCUCCCUAUGGAGGGGGCUAUGGUCGUCGUUAA